AAGUUUCAAUGGCGUUCCCAAAGGGAGUUAAGUCACGUAUAGAAGCGAAUAUAUAUUAAAUACAUAUAUAUAUAUAAUAUAUAUCAACCUACAUGCUUUCAAUAAGAUCACAGGCCGGGCAGUAACCUUUGGGCUACAGUCGCUAGCAAGAAAAUGAUUCAAGGCCUAUAAAAAAUGCCUUUGAUGAAAGACACAAUACUAGACAAAAAGUUUAUUCUUUACAAAUAUAGUAAAAUAUGGAGUUUCUUAAACCCCCUAAACCGCAGCCAUAAAAAACCUAGCAUACGCCCUUGCCUUUUGUAUACUUCAUCGCUCUGGUCAUACAACACCACAUAUCUGUGGACGGACGGACACUCCCUUGAGCGGACAAGAAAACUGUCUAAUUUGGUAGCAAUUUCGACAGAUAAAAGUCUUCAUCGCUCACUAGUAAUGUUCGUCGACAAAUAUGCCAUCGGGAAGAGUCAGAAAACCUAGAACCUCGCUCACUUUGGAAGAGAAAAUGGAGGUAAUCCAGUCCCAGGAGCGAAACAAGCUAUCGGUUCGGGAUCUGGCCAAGAGGUUUAACAUUGGAAAGACACAAGCAGCAGACAUUUUGAAGCACAAACAGUCGAUUAAAGAGGGUCUGUUGAGUGGAGAACUUAAGUUGAAUCAGAUGCGGAGGAAUCCCCUCUCUCAGCGGGGCGCCCAAAUCGAUGAGAUGUGCUUUGAUUGGUUCUCCCGUGUCCGUACCGAGAAUAUACCCAUAUCGGGGGAAAUGGUGCGGAAGAAGGCCAAGCAGUUAGCUGUGGAGCUGGGCCACUCCAAUUUCUCUGCCUCCUCCGGAUGGCUGGAGAAAUGGCGAAAGCGACACAACGUCCGAUACAAUGACACCGGUGACAGCCUGGAUCUGCAGGAGUUCGAGGCGAUUCUGGUGAAAAGCGAACCCAUCUCGAAUAAGGACGAUUGUGAUGAGCCAUACCCCGUGACUCUGAUAGAGCCUAUCUAUUCCACCGAGGAGGCCAUGAUGCAGCUGGCCCGGCUGAAGGAGUUCGCAAAGGAUGACUAUGCUUCCUACCAGCAGUUGAUCAGUCUGGAAAAUCAAUGGAGCUGGAAAUGGAACAUCUUUAAGAAGGAGCUUCCCUGACCCAAGCAUGCAAUUUAGGUGCAAUAUAAAUACAUAUUUAUCUCGAAUCUAGUAGUAAAAGUUAUUUAAUGUACGUUUCUUUUAUAAGUAACAUCGUUGAAGAUAACUUAUCCCUUCUACGCGUUGAAUUUAAACCUAAAACUAUUGGGUUAUUCUAUUCAUGACGAUGCUCGUAAAUAUACGAAAUACAUGACCGUUUGC